AUCACAGCUACUGCACCUCCAGUAGACUAUCCUCGGAGGUAUGAGCCAUUAGCGCUCUAUGCCCGAUGAAAUCACACGGAAUGGGCCUAAGCUCGCGAAGCGUGCUCUUUGUGCUGGCAGUCAGCUUCCUAGCCGGUAAGCCAGCCUGGAUUGCUGCAUGCGAGCUCGUGGUCUACCGAAUGGAUAAGUAGUCGCAUUCCGUCCUGUUCCUGGCUCUCAGCCUUGUGUUGGAUUUCCUCCAGACUCCAGCCAGCCGCCGCCUUUCGGGACUCGUUCGCAUCACGGACUAACCACCAUGUUCGCGCUCUCGCUGACAAUCCUGGCCUCAGCCUGGUUUGCUGCCGGCCUGGACGAUGACAGUUACCACCCUCAUGGCGCGUUCGCGUUCAUUCGAUCGGGAGAGCGCACACCGGUUCUGACAGGUGACACCCAAGUUUUGACCGCGGUGGGUGCGCAGCAGAUGUACCAACUGGGCCAGAAUUUGAGAGCUAGGUGGAUCGAUAGCGACGGCAAUGCUGGACUUGGUAGACAGAAUAUUGCAAAUAUGUCUGUCGACAUCUUGAACAACGAUCAAAUUUCUAUUCAGACGCUGGACACGCAGUACCUCGUGUCUUCGGCGCAAGCUUUCAUGCAGGGCAUGUACCCCCCGCAUGCUCUCGGCAACUCGUCUGGACUUGGGGACUCGACAGGUCUACUUGCGGAUGGCACGACUGUUCAGGCGCCUAUGAAUGGAUAUCAAUAUGCGACUGUUCAAUCUUUCAGCCCGUUUACGUAUAAUUCGAUUUACAUCGCUGGAAGCCAGAAUUGUCCUUCGGCGAAGCUGAAGUCCCUGCAGUAUACGGUGUCUGACGGCUUUAAGAACACCAAAGCUGCCAGCAGAGAGACAUACGACAAGUUGCAGACAAGCUGGUUCCAAGGUCAUCUAUUGGACGAUCAGAGAGAUUAUGACCACGCCCUUGAGAUCUACGACUACCUCUCGUAUCAGUACACACACAAUCGCACGAUCUACGAAAGGCUCACUGGCAGCCCUGUUUACACCGGUGUCUACAAUGCGACGCGCUACUACGCAGAUGAAUACGCCUGGAACUUCUGGGGCAACACUGCAUCCUCCCGAAACGACACAGACAACCAAGCUAUUGGCGGCAAGGCACUCGCCGCAGAGAUCCUCCACCAAUUCCAGCUCCUCGUCAACGACCGCAAAAACCAUAGCACAUCAACCCCCGGUGUAUCUCGCCCACUCACCCUCCUCUUCGGCGGAAAUGACCCCAUGAUCAGCUUGAUGAGCUUGAUGCUCAUGGACGCCCGCGACAAAAACUUCCGCGCGAUCCCCCCCUACGCCUCCGCCAUGGUCUUCGAGCUCUUCUCCACUGGCCAAAACGAGACCUUCCCGCAAAACGAAGACGACCUGUGGGUGCGGUUUUACUUCCACAAUGGCACCACCGACUUUAACGGCCAGCUCAUCGCGUUCCCGAUGUUCAACCAGGGGCCCAGUCAGACGGAUAUGAAGUGGCACGACUUCAAUUUGAUGUUCAGCAGGAUCAUGAUGAAUACUAUUGUGAACUGGUGCGAGACGUGCAGCUCGCCGGCGCUGUUUUGUACUGGUGUCGAUUCGGAUACGAUUGUUGUGUCAAAUCCGAAGGCGCAGACGAGCAGCAAGGGACACGCAAUCUCACCGGCUGUUGCUGGCGUCAUUGGUGCAGUCGUUACGCUCGCUGUUGCGGGCUUGCUCUUUGCGCUCGCGAUGCUGGCAGGCGGGAUACGCUUCCGCCGCGUGCAACAGCGCCCGAAAUCCGAACUAGGCGGUUUCAAGGGCUCGAACAAACUCGCAUCUGAUCCCGAUGUCGCUAAUCUAUCGAAAGGUGGCGCUUUGCCUGCUGGGGUUGUGGGUUUUGGCGCUACGAACACUGCUGCUGGUGCGGAUGGUAGGGCGAGGCAUGAAAGAGUGGGUAGUUGGGAGCUCAGGCAGAAGGAGUUUGGGAACUAUAAGAGUGGGGAUAUGGGGGAAGAGUUUCCGAGUCCGAGGGAGAGCUUUGAGCAUAUUGAUACUGUGGCCAGUCGGCCUGUGCAGCCGAGGGAGAGCGUCUGAGGUAGUGAGAGCGAGAGUGAGUUUUCUUACAGUCUUUACGAUGUUACGAAUAUGACCUGGGUUUGGGAUGGGAAUUUGGAGCGGGAGGGAAGAAAUGGAUGUACUACGGCUUGACCUUCACUUCGAUACGAUCAUGAUACCCGGCUUCGAGCCUUCUUGUCUCUUACUUUACAAUAUACUACGG